AUGCGAGCUGAGAUGGAGGCCUGCCUACUGCUGGCAGCGGUACUGCUGGACUCGGGUCCUGGGACCCACGCUAUGGAAGGUGUCAAGUGUGGGGGUGUGCUCUCGGCACCAUCUGGAAACUUCUCCAGUCCAAACUUCCCAAGUCUGUAUCCCUACAACACCGAGUGCAGCUGGCUGAUCGUGGUGGCCGAGGGCUCCUCCGUGCUGCUCACUUUCCACGCCUUUGACCUGGAGUACCAUGACACCUGUGGCUUUGACUUCCUGGAGAUCUACAACGGGGCCUCUAGAGACAAGGGCAAUCUGCUGGGCAGGUUCUGUGGCCAGGCGCCCCCGCCACCCUUCACCUCCUCCUGGCACGUCAUGUCUGUCGUCUUCCACUCAGACAAGCAUGUGGCCAGUCGUGGCUUUUCCGCAGGCUAUCAGAAAGAUGUGUGCGGUGGUGUCCUGACCGGCCUGUCAGGGGUCCUCAGCAGCCCCGAGUACCCCAACAACUACCCCAAUAAUGUGGAGUGCCACUGGCUGAUCCGUGCCUCGGGACCUGCCACUGUCAAGCUGGUGUUCGUGGACUUCCAGGUGGAGGGCAGUGAAGAAUGCAUGUAUGACUACGUGACUGUGCUUGGAGCACCAGGCCCUGCCCAGGGGCACCACUACUGUGGCAGCACCAGACCCCCCACCCUUGUGUCCCUGGGCCAUGAGUUGCAGGUGGUCUUCAAGUCUGACUUCAACAUUGGAGGCCGGGGCUUCAAGGCGCACUACUUCUCAGGAGAAUGCCAGGAGGUGUUCACAGCUGUGCGUGGCAACUUCUCCAGCCCACAGUACCCUGGCGCCUACCCCAACAACAUCCGUUGCCACUGGACCAUCCGCCUGCCCCCUGGCUACCGGGUCAAGGUCUUCGUCCUGGACCUGGGCUUGGAGGAGCCCAACAGCCUAACCAGAACCUGUGACUUUGACCAUCUGGCAGCCUUCGAUGGGGCCAGUGAGGAGGCAAAGCUGCUGGGGAAGUGGUGCGGGCAUCACCUGCCACCGCCUGUCACCUCCAGUCACAACCAGCUCCUACUUCUGCUGCACACUGACCGCAGCACCUCCGGCAGGGGCUUCUCCGUGGCCUACAUUGGAGUGGUGCCCAUGAAUGUGAGCUGUUCUCGCACGGACUUCCAGAUUCUGAUCUCUGCCCAGGCACUGGCCCCGCUGGAGCGGACCAAGGUCUACCUGGGUAGCCGGAGCUGUGCAGCCCAGGAAGUUGGUAGUAACUUCCGGAUCCAGGCCCGUUUUGACACCUGUGGUUCCGAGUCUCAGAGAAGAAAUAACACCUCCGUGAUUGUCAGCGUGCUGUACCUUGACUUCUCUGCUCCUGGGCACAGUGACAUCCACGAGUAUGAGGUGCGCUGUGAGCCGCGGCGCAAGGAGGCCUCUGUCCACCUGCUGUCGGGCUCUGAUCUGCUCGGGUCCUAUGCUGCCACCGCUGAGCACCUUCAGGAGGCACCACCUGGAGAGGAGGAAGAGAUCCUGGAGGGCCCGGGGACGAUGGUGACCCAGGACACCAGUGACAUCGUCUUCCUGGGCCUCUGCAUUCUAGCCGGAGUCCUUAUGAUCAUUGCCAUUGUGGUCCUGAUGCUGCUGUGA